UUUAGUGUCUCUUGUUCCAGCUCUUUCCUCUCUCAAACCCCCUUUUUAAACCAAACAUUGGACACCUUCACAUAAACCUGACACACCCGAAGUCCUUCUUCAUCUAGUAGCCAUGGCCAUGGCCAUAGACAACGCCUUCGAGGUCGACUUUUCUAGCUACAGCACCACCACAACCACCACCACCACCACCACUACAGACGAUGACCUGGCCUGUACAUGGAACGACUGGGGAUCGCCAGUUGUUGAUUGGGACUCGUUAUCUAGCGAGCGUGAUGAGUUUCAAGACCUCAUUGAGUCCAUGAUGGAUGAUGGAACAGGGAUAGAGCUAGCUAGAGUAGACCAUGAAACGAGUAACUCCGUCUCAAUUGAUACGAUGGUUGCUGAUGAAGAAUCGAACCGUGAGGAUUUCAAAGGGUUGAGGUUGGUUCACCUGUUGAUGGCCGCCGCCGAGGCACUAACGGGGGCUAACAAGAGCCGUGAACUGGCUCGGGUGAUAUUGGUUCGGCUCAAGGAGUUGGUGUCCCCCAAUGACGGAACCAACAUGGAAAGGUUGGCGGCCUAUUUUACCGAGGCCUUGCAGGGUUUACUGGAAGGCUCCGGUGGUGGCCAUGGGAAGCAUUUCAUAACCAAUGGGCCUCACUAUCACCGUGACGAGCAUCAUCAAACGGACGUGCUUGCAGCUUUUCAGCUGUUGCAAGACAUGUCUCCUUAUGUUAAAUUUGGUCACUUCACGGCCAAUCAAGCAAUCCUGGAAGCUGUGGCGCAUGACAGGAGGAUCCACAUAGUGGACUAUGACAUCAUGGAGGGGAUCCAAUGGGCGUCUUUGAUGCAAGCCUUGGUGUCUAGGAAGGACGGACCGCCAGCCCCACAUCUCAGGAUCACGGCUUUAUCAAGAAGCGGCAGCGGCCGGCGAUCAAUUGGGACCAUUCAAGAGACUGGUCGACGAUUAGUCGCUUUUGCAGCCUCCAUCGGGCAGCCCUUUUCUUUCCAUCAGUAUAGGCUGGACUCUGAUGAAACGUUCAGACCGUCAGCUGUGAAAUUAGUUAGGGGAGAGGCCUUGGUGAUCAAUUGUAUGUUGCACUUGCCUCACUUUAGCUAUCGAGCACCUGAUUCAGUCGCUUCUUUUUUAACUGGGGCCAAGACCUUGGAUCCAAGGUUGGUGACCCUGGUGGAAGAAGAAGUCGGACCCAUUGGAGAUGGGGGGUUCGUGGGGCGGUUCAUGGACUCAUUGCACCACUACUCCGCCGUGUACGACUCUCUAGAAGCCGGGUUCCCUAUGCAGGGCCGGGCUAGGGCCUUGGUUGAAAGAGUAUUUCUUGGACCUCGAAUAGCCGGAUCAUUGACAAGGAUUUAUCGAACCCGAGGAGAGGAAGAGAGUUGUCCUUGGUCAGAAUGGUUAGCGGCGGUGGGAUUCAAGCCUGUCAACAUCAGCUUUGCCAAUCAUUGUCAAGCAAAGCUUCUGCUGGGCUUAUUCAAUGAUGGUUACAGCGUCGAGGAGUUGGCCAACAACAGGCUUGUGUUAGGUUGGAAAUCCAGGCGUUUGCUCUCGGCCUCUAUUUGGACUUCUCCAGACUCUGAUUUCUAAAAAGUUAUUAAAAAAAAUGAAACUAUCUUUAACUUUUGCUUUCAACUGCGCAUUAUUUUUCAUCCCCUGGCAUCGAGACGGGGUAUUUGAACCUUUUCAACAAAAUCUUAGACCAAACUGUUCGACGUACGUCCUAAGCAAAUCCCAAUUUCGUUGAUUUGGUUUUAAGCUUAAUGCGGCUGUUUGUAAGAACAUGAGUUUGUUUAUUGUCUUCCUUGUUCUGUGUGUUGCCUUGGAUUUUCCUUCUGAAAAAAUAAAGCGGGGGGCCGGUGUACAAAUUAUUGUUCGCUGUAUCUCUGCCUCG